AUGGUUUUCGACCGAAAUAAAUAUAAAGGUAAAUAUGACAAACAUCAACAUGUUAAAAAAGGAAAUUACUUCUUUAAUCUUUGCUUCUUUAUUAAUGUUACUGCUCCAAAAUCGAAAGGAGGAGCAAUUUACUUGUUGCAAUCUAAUUUUAGUAUUGAGUCAUCGACAUUUCAAGCUUGUGUAGCUGAUUAUGGUGGAUCAAUAUACUCAGAACAAACCAGACAGGGAAAUAUUACAAAAUCAAUUUUUACUGAUUCCAAAGCAGACUAUUUCGGAUCGAUAUACAUUCAUAGUUUCGAAACUAAAUCACGAACCAUCAUUGAUAAUACGAAUAUUUCAAAAAGCUUAGGUACAAAAUAUAUUAGUGCUAUUAGAGUUGAAGGGAGUAAUACUUCUUUGAUAGAAUGCAUCUUUACGGAAUGCUAUUCUGAAUGCUUUGGAGUAUAUUGGGACUGGAAUUCAUAUCCUAGUAGAACUAAGAUAUCUAAUUGCCUGUUUCAGUAUAAUAAAAGUGAAGGAGAAGGUUCUUGUAUUACGUUUUAUCACUACCAAGCUUUUGCAGAUUUAGUUAAUAAUAUUUUCAUUUCUAAUACAGGAAAGGCCUUUAACUCUAUUUAUAUAUAUAGCAUUGAUGGCAAUGUAACUGUUUCUAACUGCAUAUUUUCUUCAAGCCAAGAAAUUGAAAUUGGAGAAAGAUAUCCCUCUGAUUCGCUUCAUUUAUAUAAUUGCUUAUAUAAUACGACUAAGUAA